AUGUGCAACAGCCAGGUUCAGCAUGCUAAUGCUGAGGGGAUCUGGUUGAGUGUGAAGGCAGAAGAACCAGAGGGCAAUUCCACUUACAACAGCAUCCAAAAUGGAGCAGAUGAGAACGAGCCAAAGCCAGAAGGGUUGAGAGAUGAUGGAACAACAUCAAAGAAAAAUACCAGUGGUGACUCGUCUUUAGGCACCAAUGGGAUUAAACCACACCAAGGUGUUGAGAGGUGUUUAUCUGUACAUUAUACAAUCUGGUACUGAUGUCAUUGCCCAAAGCACCAAUCAGACUGUGCCAUUCUGUGGGCUUUUUCCUGUCUGGUCACUGCAGCAGAAUAUCUUGUGUGCAGAGAUACCUUAACAGAUACACCAUUAGAAAAUCAGGGAAAUAUGCCAGGCAUAUCUUUAUGCCAGGCAAUGAUCAUCAUCAUUUCUAUCCUGAGUUUCAUGUUGUUUACUCCACUCAUGAUUCUAUCCAGCUUGAUCCUGGUCAUGAAGAUCUAUAAAAAAACCCAGUGAUCUCAUUCUUCAAAGCUCUACAUAAUCAUAGUGGCUACAGUCAUCAUCUUCCUCAUCUUUGCCUUGCCCAUGAGGAUUUUGUGCCUCCUGCAGCAUCAGUAUAGUUCAGUACUUUCAACAGUACUGGAUGACCUUGUAACGUUAAUAUCUGCAAUCAACAGCAGUGCCAACCCCCUCAUUUAUUACUUUGGGGGGAGCCGCAAGAAGAAGAUAACCAAUAAACCCUUCAAAGUAAUUCUUUCCAGAGUAUUCCAAGAUUGGUCAGAGCCAGAAUGUUAA